CAAGAAGAAAUGGUUCGAAAAAAAACUCUCAAAAGAAGAAAGAAAAAAAAAAACCUUAACGCGAUGCAAUAUUCCGUCCGCAUACAGCUUCUUCUCCCCUAAUGAACAUCUUCUCCAAAGGAGGCUCUCCCGCUAGGCCCGUUCUCUGAUGGAGUCGCUUGCCUCGCAAGCGAAGCCGGCUGCCGUGCUCUGGCUCGCCGGCUUCCUCCAGGCCGCGCGUCUCCACCGCGUCGUCUCCUUCUGCGUCAGCUCCAGGGCUCUGUCGAUCAGAAUCGCUCAGUGCUUCCUGCUCAACGGGUUCAUCUUCCUGGGGAGCUUGCUAACCUUGAAAUCGGUGGUCAUUCCAACUCUUCUAUGGAUACUGCCCGAGCAAUGCGAUCAAUCAUGGGGACAACAUCUAUGUGAUCACACAACAGCUGUUGCCUUGUAUUCGUUCUUACGUUCGGGGCUUGUCGAGAUUUUCUAUGUAUUUUGGUUUUAUCCCCUCUACAUCUUCAGCUUUAUAAUAAGUACACUUUGGUAUGGUGACAUUGCUAAGCAUGCUUUGGCUGUUGUGAAAAGUAAGAAGCUGGAUGCAAGUCAAGCAUCUGACUCUGACCCUCACAGCACAUCUGUAUCAGCAGAUAGGCCUGAAGGAUUUGAUGGGGUUGCGAUUGGUGUUGGAGAGCAGGUCUAUUCGAUACUUCUUUUGACUAUUUUCUUUGCUGAGGUUACAGUGAUUGGUUGCAUACCUUACCUUGGUAAGGCAAUGAACUUCAUGUUACUGUCUUUGAUGUAUGCCUACUACUGCUUCGAGUACAAGUGGAACUUCUUUGCAGUGAGCCUGAACCACCGGCUUGAUUUCUUUGAGUCAAAUUGGGCUUUCUUUGCCGGAUUUGGUAGUCCAUGUGUACUUCCGAUUUUCUUCUUCUCUCCUCUUACAAGUUAUGGUGUGAUGGCAAUACUAUACCCACUGUUUGUCAUGACAGCUGCUGGUACACAAGAAGAGCAAACCAUUGAUGAACUGAAAUCUUUGCAUGGAGGGAAACUGAAUAGAAUACCCUUGUUCUUUGUCGCGAAGCGACUAACGACGCAAGCGCUGCAGUUGUUCCCAGAGGCACAAAAGGAGCAAUGAGUGGUCCACAUAAUCACAUGAACUCAGAGGUGCAUAGUUAGUUCUCAUGGAAGUGAUCAUGUUGAAGCUGCAUCUGAGAGGUGCAUAGUUCACGCGAAAGCGCGGCUGCUCAUGUGCGCCACGCCGCAAUGUAAAUAUUCUGUACCAUUGCCGCUGUACAUAUACAUAUAUUGGGCCAAUAAAAAAGAAUCUAUGGUUGCCCACGAGAUA